AUGAAUUUCCUCCUCUACGAAUUUGAUGGGUCGGCCCGGCGGAACCGGAAUCAAGAGGCGAUGAUUAGAUCGAUGAACAGCAGGGACGACUUCAUGCAAAAACUGGAAGACGACCGUAAGCGGCGCCGAGAAGAUACAGAGAAAGAGAAGAAGAUCGUCGUUAUCCAAUCGUCCUGGCGGCGGCACAAGGCGCGAAAAUUGGUAGCAGAUCGAGCACGUUCCAAAUUUGAUGCGAUAACUGACGCCAAAGACUUCAUCGGGAUUGCCAAUAAAAUUCGUCUACUCUAUCUCUGCUACGAUCACGCUGUCGAUGACGGCCGAUUGAUUUUCCUGUGCGGGGAGACAUUGACGGCGCUGCGGGAAAGACGACCCGAGCAACUCAACGCCAUUGAUCGUUAUUUCUUGGCGAAAACGGUGCUACGAUUUUUAAAAAAGGCUGGCUCGGACACGAAUCUCGUGCCUCCGCUGCGCGUUUUGGGCGAAAUUUCGGACCCCAGCUUGGCUUUGAAGCUGUUUAAGGAGGGUGACUACUUCAAAUCGAUGCUCCGGCACAUUUCCUACUUUACGCCAAUGAAUUCGUUGUCCAUCGACGAGCGGCUGCCUCCAAAAUUGGAGUCGAUGUGUGAAUAUCUGCUGCUCCCGAUUACGAAUGGAGGGACUGGAAUACCAAAAUUGCUGUCCGCACUCCUCCAAUGUCUCUGCAAGAUGAAACCCCUCUUGCCGGCCAUCACCGUUGUGUUACCGUAUCUUACGCGGGUACUGCCGAAGAUACAGAUCUCCAUUCCUGAUCUCUGUCUUGCCGCUGCCGCUCUGAAAAGUGAAGCCAACAACGAGAUGGUUAUCUACGCAUUUAAUGUACUAAUGGGCACGAUUUCUCUUGCCACGGCCACGUCUGAAGAGCGCCUACAAAUCUUGGAGAUUGUCGCCCAUUUUGUGGAAAAGAACGUGCAAAAGCAACAGCCACAUGCCAAAAGAGCCGAGCCGAUGGAUACCGACUCCGGCUCCAUCUCUGACCUACAAGCCCUCAGCUUCAUCCACCACAAAAUCCCCGAACAGCUAGCCAGCCCCGAUUUUGUGAACCUGUGCCUGGCUCAAGCCAAUAGCCACGAAGCCAGCAUCAGCUCGAUUGCAAAAAUCUUCACGCUCGUAGAGUCGUUCAAUGUUUCCUACCGGCUCUCCUCCAACAAGACGUUCAUUCGGGCGCUCUGGAAUUACCUACAAACGGCCGGGGUCCAGGGGAAGCUCGGCUUCAAGACAUACGCAUCGUACCUGCGAAACGGCAUCAAGCUUGAUGAAGCGGCACAAGCUAGCUAUCUUCCGGCAUUUUCUCUCUUCUCGGCGGUGUUCGGCAUUCUCGUGCGGGAGCUGGCCGACGACAAAUUUGCCAAGGACAGCCCGGAUCUCCCAUUUUCUUACGGGGAAUUGAUUCAAGUUGUUACGGGAUUGAGAGACACUGUACUUGGCUUGAUCGACUUGGCUUUUCCGGAUGAUCUGAAUACGCGCGAGAAGAAUAGAACCGAAGAGGGGAAACGGGAAGCGCAACGAUGGGCGGAUAUCUACGAGAAUUUGGUCCAACUUCUACGAACGUUGGAAGAAAAAGAUUUGCGCGUUCAUUUUCUGCCGGAGGGCAUUUGGAGCGACCACAAUCGACAGAUCGUCUUCCAACACGCUACCGUAGAGCCAGCAGUUCCUCGGCGACGAGGCAUGCCGCGCCCGCGAAGACCGGCGUUCUCGUUUGUUCAGCAUCUUUUUCAACGCCCCGGCACCUCAUCGGACAGCGAUUCCUCUUCCGACGACGAUGGCACCAACAAGCCGAUUCUUACCCCGACUGACCUUCGCAAUCUGAGCAUUAUGAAGAGCAUCCCGUUUGUUGUCACGUUCCGGCAGCGGAUCAAGAUGUUCGAAGAGAUGCUUGAAAAUGACAAGGAUCAACAUGGGAUUUCGUCAACGGAUCGAGGCCAUCCAAUGGGCCGUCGAAUCGAGGUAACGGUACGCCGACAGAGUUUGUACGAAGACGCCCUGGACGGGUUGAGCCUGCGCAACGCUGCUGACAUGCGCUACCCGAUGCGAGUACACAUGGUCAACUGGGCCGGGCUGGACGAGGCGGGGAUUGAUGGAGGCGGCAUUUUUAGGGAAUUCCUGUCUGAGCUCGUGCGGACAGCGUUCGACCCCGAGCGCGGCUUCUACGUCUACACGUCCGACCGGAUGCUCUACCCAAAUCCGUUGGCCCCAUUGAUCUACGAAGAUUAUAGUCGCCACUACUAUUUCCAUGGCCGAAUCAUUGCCAAGCUACUCUACGAGAAGCAACUGGCCGAGAUCCGUUUCGCCGACUUUUUCCUGGCCCAACUACUUGGAGAUAAGCGGGAGAAGAACGUGGACAUUUAUCAUAUGAAAUCUUACGAUCCGGUGCUCUACGAACAACUCCAAAAACUGAAGUUCUACGACAAGGCCCAAUUGGCCGAGCUGGAGCUCGAUUUCACCAUCAUUCUCGAGGAAUUCGGCGCUGUAAAGACUGUGGAAUUGCUUCCUGGUGGCUCCAAAAUGCCGGUGACAAUGGACAACCGGCUGCAAUACAUCCAGCUCUACUGCAAUUUCUUGCUUUACAAGAGGCUCGAGCGUACCGUCGAUUCGAUGCGUGCCGGCGUCGCCAAUCUCUUCGAUAUGCAAUUUUUGGCAAUUUUUAGCCCCAACGAAAUCCAGCGCAUCGUCUCCGGAGCCGAUGUGGAUAUAGACGUGGAAGAUAUGAGGCGUUACACCGUUGUCCACACAACAAAUCCCGACGACGAUGUGUUUAUCGAACGUUUUUGGGACAUUGUACGCUCACGAUUUGACCCGGAGGAGAAGCGGGCGUUGCUCAAGUUUAUUACGGGUUGCUCAAGACCGCCGCUCGACGGUUUCAAGAGUAUCCAUCCUCAGAUUGGCAUCCAAUUGGUCCCCCAUCGUGAUGCCCUCCCAACGGCUGCUACUUGUAUGAAUCUGCUCAAACUGCCCAUGUACAAGGGCAUCGAUGAAAUGGAAUCGAAAAUUCGUUAUGCGAUCAAUGCCGGCGCCGGUUUCGAACUGUCC